ACCAAAUUUUGUGUGUUGUAACAAUUUCUUGUGUUUGUUCAGUUGAAAUUGAAAUUUUGGACUCUUUUUGCUCUUCACCUUGGGCAAUUUUGCUUGUUAGUCGGCCUUUUAAGCGCGAAUUGGUACAGAUAAGUGAGAAAUUUAACGGAUGAUUUUUUCCCCUCUUUCCCUCAAGAUCCCGCAGUGCGGCGUUGUGCAGUUUGAUGAGAAGUGUUCUGAGUGCGUAGACUGUUUAGUGACACGCGACAAGGGAUUCGGAAGAAGCGCGAAUAAUUGAGUGAUUGGCAUAAAAUGGGCACUCUCAUGAUAAUUGGAGUAUCGACAGCAUUCUUGCUGACAAGUGCCAUAAGUGUUAACGCCAAAGAUGAUGCAUCGCCUAUGCUGGACACCAUCUUCUGUCCAUUUCGCCCCGAUCCGUGGGCCUGCACUCGACAGAAUGUGGCGCGCAUGCUGACAAAUUGGGACGCGGUACUCGACGCGAAACUGCAGGAAUUCAAAGCGGAAGCCGAUGCGGAAUACGAAGCCAAGGUUCAGUCCAGGGACUUCACAGCGAGGGCCGAUGGAGAGAAGCCAUCUGUGGUGAUGACAAGCAUGGAGAAUACGAUAGCGAACAUCGCAGAAUCCGUUUCUGAGCGUCUCGAUCAGUUUCUCAGGAGGCCCAAGACUGGCGAUCUUGAGGUGGACGGGCAGAUGCAGAGAUUGGAAACUCGCGGAAAGAAGAAGAAAAAGAAGAAAGCCCUGAUGAAAUUGCUGCUUCUGGGAGCCAUUGUUAAGGGAAAAAUAGAGUUGUUGCUGAAGUUGUUAUCCGCACAUUUGCAACUCAAAUUCCUCGCGAUUGCAGCUAUUGGUCUGCUGGUCAAUGUGGCACGAUUCUGGAUUGAUCUGAAGAAGGGCCACCAUCCACAGAAAGUGAUUUACUAUGAACAUGCUCAACAUCAGCAUCACUACGACGAUCACGGGGAUGACUGGAACGGCGGCGGUGGCUAUUGGAAGCGCUCCAUUCCCGAGGCCUCCGAGUCGGAGAUCCACGAGCUGCCUUACAGAUACCAGAAACCAACCGCCGCAGUUUACCAACCUCAGGCGCCGCCCUAUCUGUACUGAGCCACAGCCGCGAUCGCAGAUCAUCAAGCAUUGCAUAGCUUAGCCUAGUGCCCUAAGUUUUAAUUUAUUUGUAAAUACUUUCCCCGAGCUCGCUAAAUUAUUUCUCCUCUCACGCUGUCCUCUCUCCCACCUUUCUCAUCCACUUCAAUUACAUUGUAACUGUUACGAGAGAGACUUUGAAUAAAAUGUAGUGCUCUCUAAAAUGUAUCAGCCUCUAGAAUCGUAAAUCUGCGUUUGGCCACCUCUUCUGCAUACCAAUUGUGAGAUAUUGUGGCUAGAAUACCGUAAGUGAAAUUAGCAAUAAGAAUUUU